AUGGUUCUUGAAUUUGUUCAUCAUUGUUCUUAUGAUUGUGUAUUUGUGUAUUCUUUGCUCGUCUGCUCGCUGUUUCAAGCACUUCAAAGCAGCACAAUUUACAAUAUAACUGCAUCAAGGCCACUCAUUCAGAACCAAACCCUUGUCUCUCCUUGUAAAAUCUUCGAGCUCGGGUUCUUCGGGCCUAAUGGAUCAGAAAAGCAGUACGUAGGAAUAUGGUACAAGAACACGACUUUCUCCAAAGUUGUCUGGGUGGCCAACAGGGACAAGCCACUUGGACACAAAGAUCAAUCUGCAAGUUUGAUAAUUGGCGGAGAUGGAAAUCUGAAGCUUCUAGAUGGGCGAAAAAAUGCUGUCUGGUCUACAAAUGUCAUGGCGAAGUCUAAUUAUUCUGCAGCAGUGCUUUUAGACUUUGGAAACCUUGUUCUUCAAGACGGGAAUGCAAAUAAAAUGUGGGAAAGCUUCGAUGAGCCAACCGACACUCUCCUGCCAAACAUGAAGAUCGGAGUAAAUGUGAAAACAGGAAAGAAAAAAUACUUGAUUUCCUGGAAAGGUGAAGAUGACCCAUCGCCCGGAAGCUUUGUCCUUGGAGUGACAUCAGAGACACCACCUCAGCUUUUCGCUUGGAAUGGAUCAAGUCCAUACUGGAGAAGCGGACAGUGGGAUAAAUCCAAGUUUAAUGGAAUACCGAACAUGAGCAACAAAUACCUGAGCGGCCAUCAGCUUGUGCAAAAUAUCAACCAGGGAACGACAUAUUAUUUCCGCAAUUAUUACAACAACUCCUUUGGAUAUGUUUUCAUCUCAUCGGAAGGAUCUAUAGAGUCUCUGCUUAAAAGGGUUUAA